AUUUGGUAUUGACACCCAUCGCGACAAAGAAAAUGAAAAUAAGGCACCACUGCCACUCUCCCAAGAAGAUUUAAGUCGGCAUCACAUAUUGAGAAGUCGCGUAUAACUUGAUAUCACAUAUUAAAGAAUUUGUGUAAAAGAGCAACGAAAAACAAGGACGAAGACUCGUGUACGGAAGUCCUCGAACAAGAAAAAUGGCCGAUUACAUGACCCGGGGCGACCCGAGAAAGCGCACACGACGAGUCCCUACAGAAAGAAGGCGACUCACUCUAGGCGUCGUGGAUAAGAAAGAGUACUUUUUUCUUUCUUUCGUUCAUCGAUGCUUGUUACUACAAAGAAAUCAUUAGGGAUUGAACUCGUCUAUACAUCGGAGGUUCAGUUGCAUCAGCCGCAAGAAGAAGAUGUGCACUAACUAGAUGUGAUCCCGUCCCUCCACGAUACCCACCCACAGGUCUCUGCAACAGUCGCGAGUGCCGCAGGAGAGCGGCAACUUGAUAAAUUACCUGAAGACGCAGAAUGUCUCGGACAUAGUGAAAGCCGGCAAAAGAAAAUUGACCCUCAGUUCUGUCACAGCAGAACGACAGGAGUCCUUCGACGAAAAACCAACGACUGGGCAGAGUUCAAGCACUUCAUCUGCAGGAGGUAUUCGUAUAUUCGCAUGAUUUGGUCGAAUUAUUGACCUUUCUAAUUCUAGAAGACCUCCACCGUUUUACUACAACUAACAGCAGCUCCGGUCGCUAGAAGAGACGUGCAAGCACAGACAAGAGAGGAGCUGAAUAGGCUAGGAAUUGGCGCAACAUGUAGAAAAGGCCUGAAGCCGGAAAGCCCGAAUCAAGACGCCUUUAGUGUCGUAUAAUCCUGAAUUGAUGAUGAUGUAUGUUUAGUAGUAAUUUGUCUUACUUCUCAUCCUCACUUUUGAUUUUCUACUCAUAUCUACACGUCCUCCUCGCAAAAGUCUCAUCCCGCGUUCUCUUCUACUCGUGUCCACAUUCUACUCGUGGCAGAGACAAUAUCACCUCCCUUGAGUUCUUUUCAGGUCUACGUUUCGGACGAGUUUUUAUUGACCGGAGUUUACGAUGGGCACGGCGCACAUGGGCAUCAUAUAUCACAGUUCGUGAAGGAAAAUCUACCGAAGAUCUUCCUGAACGAUCCGCAGAGACAGAAAGGUGCUAUAUAUAAACGUUGCGGAACGACGAAUAUUACAUACGAUCCAAAUCCAUUUUUGCCUUCAUUCUCACAUCGAAGGAACCCAACACAUUGUUUCCCCGAAAACAAAAUGCCUAUCGCAACAUCUUACUUUUCGAAAACAAAAAUACCUACCUCCCACGACAGACCCAGCAUCGGCGCUCACAGAUGCAUUUGGUAGAUGUCAGAGGUUAAUCGAGCAUGCAGAAAAAACAGGCUCUCUUCAAGCAGGCAUGUCAGGAACGACCUGCACCCUAGUUUACCAGCCACUUACCAGAGAAAAAGCCGGGACCAUCUACGUAUUGUUUUUGUUUUACGUCUGUUGUGAGACAGAUGAUACGUAGAUAUGGUGAGAAGUAUCUAUGGUGAGGUUGUUUGGAUUCGCCUGAGAGAUAGGACGUUCUAGACAUACAAGAGGACUCUGGAUUUCGGAGUGGGAUUAGGACAACUGCGUUCUAAGAUGAUUAUCACACGACGUGCAUCUAAACUUUGAAUACAACUUCUCAGAUCGCACAUGUUGGAGACAGCAGAGCGACGAUGAUAUCAAGGUCGCGAGGCUCAUGGGGUGGAAGGGGUCUCACCGAAGACCACAAGCCUAGUCUAGCAAAGGAAAAAGCCAGGAUAGAGGAGCGAGGUGGCCGAGUGCUCUUUUUAUGGCAUGAAGUUGAAGAUUCUCAGUAGGGUUGCUAAGUGUAAUAUUCACGUUGUUGACGAGUGAAGAGGGUGAGCAUGUUUUUUCUCAAGUAGAUACGCUUGAAUAAAGGAAAAAACAAAAUCAAGGAGCAAAAAAGAUUAUCCAAGUGCGAUCUACAACUAUUUCGUCUUAUCCCGUAGUUUGCUAUACUAUCAUCUGCGUGACAACAAGUACACCGCUGCAACACAAACUCCUAAUACCAGACGGCUUUUUCAACCACAGAGUUUUCGCGAAAGGGCAGAUGUAUCCCGGUCUCAACAUGUCAAGGGCUUUUGGGGACUGCGUAGCGCAUAGAGAAGCAGGCCUUUGCGCUGAUCCAGACGUGACGCAAAUACGACUACAGGACGUAAGUAGAUUUGUGAGAAGAUUUAUAUUUUACUCCAUAGAUGAACUACUGACUUUGAAGAGGACUUCUGAGAUUUAUACUUUACAUCAAGACUACUUCAAGAAUUACAGGGUCAGUAGUCUCUUUAUUUUCCAACUUCACUCCAUAGAUGAACUACUCACUUUGAAGAGUCCUCGGUAUACCUUACUAUUCAAGCUGUAGCUGUAAAUGUAACAUUCUUAAUAGGUCUACGUAAACGUACAAGAUGAUAAACUCUGACUUGACCUAGUAUUUAGUCGUGAACUGUAGUAUUGAUUAGUAAACAAGAAACUUCGAACGUCGAAACAAAAACAGGAUGACAUCGGAAUGCUGAUAUGCUCGGACGGCGUGUGGGAAUUUGUAGAUGGAGCUCGAGCGUCUAAUUGCGUGAUGCAGAAUUAAGGCUUGUGACAACUCAUAAAUUUCCACAGAUGUCUAAUGUUAAUUUCUGAGUUUGUUCUCAGAAAAUGAACAUGGGUUAGAAUGGUGAAUCGAAUAAGUACUGAACAAAAGUAAACGUAAGAAUGAUCUUUUCCAAUAAGAAUGAAACAAAAAGAGUCUUCUAUUAGCAAGAACAGCACUAGCUCUAACAGUCAAUGCAGCAGGAUGGCAAUAACCCGCAACGAUCGGUGGAGGAGCUCGCAAAGCUAUCAUGGUCGUUGUGGAUGGAAGACAGUGACAACGAGAUCAGCGACGAUAUCACUUAAGGCUUCAUCUCCUAAUCCAUCUCCUGUUUCAGAGAGAUUAAUCAUCCUGGGAAGGAUUCUUUUUCAAGCAAGGUUUGUUCAGGAUGAUCUCUACUCUGUUGUAGGAUGGAUUAAUAUUAGGGUGAGCUCGUCUAAAUCACUGGGGUGCUCGUUAUGUUCGAUAAGCUUAGAGCGGGAGCUGGACAAUGAAGUGAAGAUUGAGUGAAGAUCUUUUGUUGUGUUUUUACUGGUGAAGCUGAUGUAAUGUGAUUAGCGGCAAUAUCCUCCUUGGAGGUCUGUCUCUGUACCCAAGAUACAUUCAUCAUCUUGUGACGAGUCAAAUAUUUUUUUUUCGAAUUUUCAGAUAAGAAUAGCGCACCAAGUGGGAGGAAAUUUUCACAUAAUGUAUGUGGUCUCGUAGGAUCGUUAGGAAGAUUCCUUCGCUGUCGGCGAUUGCAACUGUAGUGGUCUACGAGAAUCUCAUUACUACAGAAAAUAAUAGCCGGCUAGUUUCCCUGGGCCUGGAUGUUGAUCUGAUUAGCUUAUAGUCCACCCUAUAUACGCAUCAAAAAUCGUUAUAGAUACCUUUUAAGUUGUAGGUACAAGAAUGUCAAUCGAUCCAUGAUAUAAGGAAAUCCGUCACGCUCGCGGAUUACAACUAGACUAUGUGUCGAGGAUCGAUUCAUGAAAUGUUAGGUGAAUGUACUUGAAGAUGGAGUUCAAAUUCCCAAAAAAAAGUACGUGCAUUUUUGCAGGUUUUUGUUGUCAGUGUUAUGUAAUGUCUGUCAUGAGGUAUGGCAUGCUGGUGAGGUGAAACAUGGACGGUGAGAUGAAAUUUUAACAAGAAAGUUGAUCCAUUUCAUUGUACUACUCGUUUGUCGUAGAGGUAUGAUCUAUUGAUAUUGUACAAGUGCUAAACGGGAGUACAACUUACGCAGAAAUUUGGGAGCAGUAGAGACAGAGCAUCAUCUUGGGGGAGAGUAUUAUGCACAGAAACACACGACAUGGCAAUAUUAAACUCAUACUCGUCUUACUAAACCCGCCGAAUAAAUUGUUGCACUAGAGGACGAGAAACAACCUCCUAAUUAUGUCGGAAGUAGCACCGUUUUUGUAUCAUCGAGAUCGAUUUUCCAUUUUUUUUGAUUAUUUUUUCGGGGUCAAUAUGGUUCCAACUACUUCCUUGCAUCAAGUUGUUGUAGGGCCCCGACAUCGAAAUUAAGCUCAUUUUUAUCAACUAUUAUACAGAUUGAUAUGCUCCACGACCUCUUCAGGAGUAACAGUGGUCACUACACGAAGAUACUCUAGUCUAACAAUCAUAUUACUCACGCACCGUUGAUCAUGAAUAUCUCAAUGCCCUCGUGGUCCUCUCUCGUCCUUUCUAGUUUAGCUAGUAACAAGAGUGUAAGUUGUUUUAGUGUUUGGAAGAACAUCUUCAAGUUUUGCUCGUGCUCGUGUCAUCUUGGUGGUACUACUGUCUUAUUUUCUGUUAGUGGUAGUUUUGAGGAUAGAUCGAUAUUAUCCUGAGAAGAAUUUUUGUUGUUGUCAUUUGAUAUAUUUUCGCCUCUCGUCAUGCCGUUUUACAUUUUAUUUAGGAGGGUAGAAGGCUGGCGAGUGUGGUGGUUUGAGGCAAUCAUGGAUGUUGUGUAGAGAUUCAUAGCCCAGAGUGGUAGAAGCCAAGAAACUUUUCCCCAGUACAAAACAAACAAGCGAUGUACAGGCAGCUGUUGCUUGCUCGCAACAUCUGAGCACCGUAAUCACUAAUCUAAAUCUACUACAAGACAGACACCACGAUAAAAAAGCUCCUUUUGUAUCUCUACUAUUAUGUUGUUGUAUAACCUAAGAACUAGAACCUAAGCUAGUACCUAAUUUGAUAAUCUAAUGUAAGUGACGAGUCCUCUUCUGAUGAAUGCAUAUGAUCCUACUUUAAAAUCUGAAUCUUUUCUCUCACGAAGAAUCAUCACAUCUACACAUAACACGCGCCGUUGUACUUAAAUGACCUCUUCUUUUUCAUCCCGUGGUGUUUCCUGUGAUUCUCGAUACUGUUUACAAUUUUCAUCUUCAUCUAGGAAUCUCACUGAAGAAUCUCCGCGAACACGGAACGAUCUCUGAAUUUCAGUUACAGUUAGACUUACAGAUACGCCCAGGUCAGUGAUUUGUAUGAUUCUCUGUGAUCGAGCUGAGACGCGCAGACGCACACGCGCAAGCCACACUUUUAAAGGGCGAAAUGCACUGUCUCCCACGCGGGCCCAGACUGUCUGGAGCCAUGGCCCCUGAAAUCAAGC